GUCACAAAUUCCAUCCAACGCUUAUCUUUAAGGAACAAAGCACACUCCAUCUUAUUCUAGGGCUUUCACGAACAUUCUGUGUAUUACUACUUUUCAAAACCACGGGCGUAAAUGAAAAACCCUCAACACAACAACACAAACACAAACACCAACUAUAUAAACUGAACUCAACCCUCAGUUUCUGGCAGCAUCGGUUAACUAUGGCAAAGACACGAACUAUUGGAGUAGCCAUGGAUUUUUCUCCCACAAGCAAGUUAGCUCUUCGAUGGGCCGUUGAUAAUCUCAUCAACCAUGGUGAUCAAAUCAUCUUGAUCAAUGUUCAGCCUCCCCAAGCUCAUCACACCCGAAAGGAGCUUUUUGAAGACACUGGUUCACCUUUGGUGCCUUUGGAGGAACUGAGGGAGUUGAAUUUUACUAAGCAAUAUGGGAUUGCAAGGGAUCCUGAGGUCAUAGAUAUGCUUGAUACUGCCUCCAAGACUAAAGGGGCAAAGGCGGUGGCAAAGGUGUAUUGGGGAGAUCCACGGGAGAAAUUGUGUGAAGCUGUGGAAGAUCUUCACCUUGAUUCUUUGGUUCUUGGAAGCAGAGGUUUAGGUCCCAUUAAAAGGGUGUUGUUGGGCAGUGUAAGCAAGCAUGUGAUGACAAAUGCCUCUUGCCCCGUCACUGUGGUCAAGGCAAAACAAUCUUCCAAUUCCCGUCAUUGAAUCCCGUUGUGAAUGAUAAUAAUAAUUACUUAAAUAGUAUAUAUGAAUCUAUAUGGAGAAUCGAAAACACUGUGUUGUUACUGUUCAAUGAUUGUGAUUUUGGUCAUGUGUUUUCGUGUACACCUUGUAAUGAUGUUGUUUCAUGUAAAUAUAUAGUAUGGUUUGGUUUCGAUUGGAUA